AUGGAUGGAGGGAGCGUUGCGGCGCAAAGACUUUGCGACGUACUAGCAUCUAUCGAUGAAGUCGGUGAAGCAUAUGUCUCAUGGAAUGCAGCUUCACCUUCUUGGUGCUCAGGACCUGAAUUAACGUGGCUAAAUGAUUCAUUUGUACCUGUGGAAGCGGCGAUCAAUCGCACGCGUAUACCCGUUUUGUACGAGUCGCAUACGGUGUAUAAGGCACCGCCACUUUGCGGUCUUGCAUCUUUCCGACAUACUGUGAACUCGGAGCUUAAUUUUCUUCGUUGCUCACCAGACUCAUCGACGAAUGCGCCGUAUCUGGAAACGUUCUGGAAUGAAGUGCUAUAUGCUUUAGCUCAUACGGGCCCUGUAGCCGCGCUUCAAACAGCAAAAAAGCGUUCCGUGAAGGACGCGGCUGCCAUGGUUCAUAUUGCCGCUCGUAACGGUAGGCAUUGGAUUCGUAUCAUGCCUUUACGCUCAGAUGCACUCUUGCGAGAAUUUCGUGAAUAUGACAGCACAGUGUCCAUGACCUCGCCACCAAGGGAAGACGAAGCUAUUUUGCAAAACUCUAUCGUCUAUACAGCCCAUGAACUUCGCAUGGCUGCUAGGAACGGCGAAACCAUUGAGAUCGUACUUACUCGUCUAAAUUCAGGCGACACAAGUGCGACGAUCGAUAUGGACUCGUAUUGGUCAGGAUCCGAACUGGCUCGUAUGAAAUGGCGUCUGUAUAAAAUUUCGGAGUAUGUCCAAAGCUUGGGAUUGCAGGUCACAUUUGGUGCGCAUGAGCGCAUGCGUCUAGACGCCAAGAUACCCCGUCCGCCGCCUGCGUGGCAGGCCCCGCCAACUCUAUUUCUUAACUUGGACGUUAGUGCAAUGGUCGCUCUUUGCAGUGAUUUGACGCAUGAGAGUCACCUACAUGUGCAUGAUCAUGGGAAUCGUGCCCUGGUCAUGCAACAAAAUCAUGAGAGACAAAGUCCUUUAUCAGGUCUGCUGAUGAAGACAUUUCAUCAACCAGUCCAGCUUGUUGCAACGAGGAAAGCCAUUGAAAAGUUUCUCUCUAUUGUCGAGCAAACUGCUUCUGAAAGUGAGUAUGCUCGCGCUUCUUGGCUUUUGGGUUCCCGUCAUGCACUUCGCAUGGGCGAUCCUUGGGACUGGCUUUUCCCGAACGCGGUAAGGGUGUUGGAUGAGAAUUGUAAAGUACACAGUGGCUGGGAGGACGUUCCUUACGUGCAUCAGCUCCUAGAUGCACUGGCUGAAUGUCAUGGCUACUCCCGUCCAAAAUCUCUGGGAUCCUCACCUCACACUCUUGAUUCUAUACAAGAGGGUCUGUCUAAGCGUAUUACUACUCUAUUGGCACAUUCUCAUGGUGUACAUGAGCUCCUGGAAAAAGCCGGUCCUAUGAGCGGCACACCCUUGAAUCACUCAGCUCUUUGGUUAAUCCAGCCUCGUUCCUUUGUUUCAAAAACUCCUGAGUCGCUUCCAAUACUUCAUACAUCGCGCUUUUCUGAUCUGAUGCGUACCACAUCUCUGAGACGUGCACACCAGCGUUGGUUGAGAGUUUGGAAUUGGCUGCAAGGACCUCGUGUGCCUGUGCAGCACACCAUUCGACAUUAUCCUUGGUGGCCAUGGAAAAGACUUGAAAAUGCAUGGAUGCAAUGGACCAAACCGCUUGCAUGGAAGGUGCCGCCACAGUGGGAGGUGAAUUCCGUGCCAUCCAACAUGGAGGACAUUGAAAUGGAACCAGUAUCACCACUUCCAGGUCAAUCAACGAUUGGCGAACGCUGGUGGUAUAAGAUAGAGCAUGACCUGCGGUGUAAUUGGCUGCAUUGGCUUGUUCUUUGCUCGGUGUGCGUGGCAUGGCUCUUUGCUUUCGCCUCGUUGGUGCACAACACGUGGUUUUCUUCCACUGUAUUAACCGAGAAUGGAUGGGAAACACCAGAAUCGCUUGCAUGCACAUCCACGAAAUGGGGUCGAAACGCUCUUUGUGGUUUAAAUGGGAACGAUUGCAAGCCUUUUUCUAAUACGAGCUUGGUCUUUCGCUGCCCCAGUGGCUGCGAAACAACUACAUUGCUGAAUCCUCGCACUAUUGGCUCAGAUUCCUAUAAUUAUGUGCCAUUAGUGGUGGGUGGUGGUAACUCGACGCCGUAUCGAGCUGAUUCUUUUAUUUGCGCCUCUGCGUUGCAUGCAGGCGUCAUUGGGCCGAAAGGAGGAUGUGGCAUAGCGCGGAUGAUGGGGGCAUAUACAAACUUUGAAGGUCAACAGCAAAAUAACAUUGCUUCUUUUCCAUUUCAUGGUGUAUUUCCCUCUUCAUUCAAAUUCGAAAAGCCAAUGAAUACAUCGCACUGUACUGACGAUCGCUGGCGCAUGUAUACUUUGAAUGUUGUGUUUCUUGCUUUUAUAACAUUUGUCCUCAGACCUAUGCCCAUUUUUCUAUUUUGGGUAUUUUCUUGUGUGGGUUUCUGGCAUGUCAAUCUUGUUUCUGAACUUCGUGAUGUGCCACCACCAAUUGGUGACGCAGUGGGUGACUUUGGACCGCAUCUCUUUGUGUGCUUUGUUAUCUGGCACGUUGUACUCCAGCACGUCUGGUACGCAUUUGAGCACGUGCCUCUCGAAUUUGGUAUAGCUUGGCUUGGUUUGUGGUGGAUCGGCGUGCUUCUUGAUGUGGUGUUCGCAAACGUCCCCCUACAGCGUCUUACAUACCACGAUAUUUCUCAACAGCCUGGAGCUGUAACAUCGAUCGUUAUUAUUGUUAUUGUGGUUGUGGUCCUCGCUAUAAAUCAAGUUCGUGUUGUGCGCAGCGUCGGACUCCUUCCAAAGUAUUUGGCUUUGUAUGUUGUGUUCGGUAUCGUUCUAGCACUCUGUGCAGCGGUGCCUGGCGAAGGACUCCGACUGCACCAUUAUGUGAUUGCUCUGAUUCUCUUACCUGGAUGUGCUUUUCCGACUCGCAUAUCCCUUCUUUGUUGUGCCAUUCUGUUUGGCAUGUAUAUUAACGGUGUGGCAAGAUGGGGAUUUGACGGAAUUCUUCAGGAUAAUGGCGUCAUUCAAGGCGAUGCAACAGGUAAUUCUCUUUUACCUUCUUUCUCUAGCAGCAUGACUACUGACGGUGUCAUUAAGUGGAACCCUAUACCAGCUGAUCAGAGAAACAUCUGGUCUGCAUUUAAUUUACUAGUCGACGAUGUAUUACGAUACGAAGGGCCUGAUACCUCUUACAACUUGUCUUCUCUCUUCGCAGAAUUUCGUUCUCAACCAUCGAAUUUAUUAAGCCAACAACAAAUCUAUGAGACAUUGCAGAAAAGUACACAUUAUCUUCGACUGGCAUACUCAUCUGCUACAGAGACAGGUGAUUUUACACGUGCUGCUCUUGCAUCUCUUAAUGGAAGUUUCAUACCUCCUAAAACAGGACGUACGUAG